AUGAGAGAAGUCAUUAGUAUUAACGUCGGUCAAGCUGGUUGUCAGAUCGGUAAUGCGUGUUGGGAACUUUACUCCCUGGAACACGGUAUUAGACCAGAUGGAUAUCUAGAAGAGGGUCUCACCAAGCCCAGAGGUGGCGAAGAGGGUUUCUCAACAUUUUUCAACGAAACCGGAUCUGGGAAAUUCGUGCCUCGUGCAUUGUACGUGGAUCUGGAGCCAAACGUUAUCGAUGAAGUACGCACUGGUCCUUACAAAGAGUUGUUUCAUCCCGAACAGCUUAUAAGCGGUAAGGAAGACGCCGCUAACAACUAUGCUCGUGGUCACUACACGGUUGGCAGAGAAUUGCUUGACGAUAUCCUUGACAGAGUUCGGAAAAUUUCGGACCAGUGUGAUGGACUUCAAGGUUUCCUGUUUACUCACUCGUUAGGUGGUGGUACUGGUUCCGGUUUGGGUUCCCUCCUUUUGGAACAGCUGUCCAUUGACUACGGCAAAAAAUCCAAGUUGGAAUUUGCGGUCUACCCUGCUCCUCAGGUUUCCACCUCUGUCGUGGAACCUUACAACACCGUGCUGACCACACACACCACCCUGGAACAUGCAGACUGUACUUUUAUGGUAGACAAUGAGGCCAUCUAUGAAAUGUGCAAAAAAAACUUGGACAUCUCCAGACCUAGCUUGUCCAACCUAAACAAUUUGAUCGCACAAGUCGUGUCUUCCGUUACUGCGUCUCUUAGAUUCGACGGUUCGCUUAACGUGGAUUUGAACGAAUUCCAAACAAACUUGGUUCCUUACCCAAGAAUCCAUUUCCCAUUGGUUUCGUACGCUCCAAUCUUGUCGAAGAGCAAGGCCCACCACGAAUCUAACGCAGUUUCUGAAAUUACAAAUGCUUGUUUUGAACCCGGUAACCAAAUGGUGAAGUGCGAUCCAAGAUCCGGUAAGUACAUGGCCACCUGUUUGCUAUAUAGGGGUGAUGUGGUUACCAGGGAUGUGCAGAAUGCAGUUGCCCAGGUCAAGAAUAAGAGAACGGUUCAACUUGUCGACUGGUGCCCAACGGGAUUCAAAAUUGGUAUCUGCUACGAACCACCUACUGCAACUCCUCAAUCACAAUUAUCUUCCGUCAACAGGGCCGUUUGUAUGCUUUCAAACACUACGGCUAUUGCAGACGCCUGGAAAAGAAUUGACAGAAAGUUUGACCUUAUGUACUCCAAGAGAGCUUUUGUCCACUGGUAUGUCGGUGAAGGUAUGGAAGAAGGUGAAUUCACAGAGGCCAGAGAGGAUUUGGCUGCUUUGGAGAGAGAUUACAUCGAAGUCGGCGCAGAUUCUUAUGCAGAUGAAGAAGAGUUUUAA